AUACCAUAAAGAAUAUAAAAUCUAUUUAUGUUGCGAAAAUUGAAUAAAAGGUUUAUUGUAUUUAAUCCACUUUAGGAAGCAGAGACAGAAAAAGAAAAGUCGAUGAAGCUUUCCAGGAUGACGAAAAUCAGGAGGACUUGAUGCCGGCAAAACGCCGUAAACCAGCACAGUUCCCUGAUGACAGUGAUGAACCCAGCACCAGCUCAGGAUGCAGAGGCAGAAAAAGAAAAGCCAAGGAAGCUUUUCAGGAUGAUGAAGAUCAGGAGGACUUGAUGCCGGCAAAACGCCAUAAACCAGCACAGUUCCCUGAUGACAAUGAAGAACCCAGCACCAGCUCAGGAUGCAGAGGCAGAAAAAGAAAAGCCAAGGAAGCUUUUCAGGAUGAUGAAGAUCAGGAGGACUUGAUGCCGACAAAACGCCAUAAACCAGCACAGUUCCCUGAUGACAGUGAUGAACCCAGCACCAGCUCAGGAUGCAGAGGCAGAAAAAGAAAAGCCAAGAAAGCUUUUCAGGAUGAUGAUGAUCAGGAGGACUUGAUGCCGGCAAAACGCCAUAAACCAGCACAGUUCCCUGAUGAAGGUGAUGAACCCAGCACCAGCUCAGGUCAGUUUACUACCACAAGACCCUUCAUUUCACCACUAAAUUUGGACGCAGAGGCCGAAAAAGAAAAGCCAAGAAAGCUUUUCAGGAUGAUGAUGAUCAGGAGGACUUGA